GGGGCGAGCGGAGCGCAGGGCGCAGGGGCUGGACCCGGCGAGAGCAAGCCAAGCCGGAGCGUCCUUUGUGCCGGGCGACCGCCCCGGGAUGCGUCCCAGCUAGGAGUCAGGUGAGAGGUCCAGGAUGGGGGCCACGUCUGUCUGGGCCUUGGGCCUCCUGCUGCUCCAGAUGCUGUUUGUGGCUGGGGAACAGAGCACACAGGAUGCCACUGCUGCCGCCUCCGCUACUGCCAGCAAGGGGCUCCACAUGCAGAAGGUGGGGUCAGGGUUGGUUCGGGCUGCGCUGGCAGAGCUCGUGGCCCUGCCCUGUCUCUUCACCCUGCGGCCAUGGCCAGGUGCAGGCCGAGAAGCCCCUCGGAUCAAGUGGACCAAAGUGCGGACUGCAUCAGGCCAACGGCAGGACUUGCCUAUUCUGGUGGCCAAGGACAAUGUGGUUCGAGUGGCCAAGGGCUGGCAGGGACGUGUGUCACUGCCUGCCUAUCCCCGGCACCGGGCCAAUGCGACGCUGCUACUGGGACCACUGAGAGCCAGUGACUCUGGGCUCUACCGCUGCCAGGUGGUGAGGGGCAUAGAGGAUGAGCAGGAUCUGGUGCCCCUGGAGGUGACAGGUGUUGUGUUCCACUACCGGGCAGCCCAGGAUCGCUAUGCACUGACGUUUGCAGAGGCCCAGGAGGCCUGCCGACUCAGCUCAGCCACCAUUGCAGCCCCACGGCACCUGCAGGCUGCCUUUGAAGAUGGCUUUGACAACUGCGAUGCCGGGUGGCUCUCUGACCGCACUGUUCGGUAUCCUAUCACCCAGUCCCGUCCUGGUUGCUAUGGCGACCGUAGCAGCCUUCCAGGGGUGAGGAGCUAUGGGAGGCGCGACCCACGGGAACUCUACGAUGUGUAUUGCUUUGCCCGUGAGCUAGGGGGCGAGGUCUUCUAUGUGGGCCCGGCCCGCCGCCUGACCCUGGCCGGCGCGCGUGCCCAGUGCCGCCGCCAGGGCGCCGCCCUAGCCUCGGUGGGACAGCUGCACUUGGCCUGGCACGAGGGCCUGGAUCAGUGCGACCCGGGCUGGCUAGCCGACGGCAGCGUACGCUACCCGAUCCAGACGCCGCGCCGGCGCUGCGGCGGUCCAACCCCCGGGGUGCGCACAGUCUACCGUUUCGCCAAUCGCACAGGCUUCCCAGCGCCCGGAGCGCGCUUCGAUGCCUACUGCUUCCGAGCUCAUCAUCCCACACCCCAACAUGGAGACCCAGAGACCCCCUCAUCUGGGGAUGAGGGGGAGAUGUUGUCAGCAGAAGGGCCCCCAGCCCACGAACUGGAGCCCGGCAUUAGGGAGGAGAGGGUCACUCCUGACUUCCAGGAGCCUCUGGUAUCCAGUGGGGAAGAAGAGUCUCUGAUCUUGGCAGAGAAGCAGGAGUCUCAGGAGACCCGCAGCCCUGCCCCUGGAGGCUUCACGCUAGCCUCCAGGCCCCCCCUGGAGGCCGAAGAGGUGUGGCCAAGCAAGGUGGCCCCCAGCCCUAGCAGCCCUAGUACUGCAGCGGGUACUCACACGGAGGCGACUCCAACUGGCCCUGUGCCCAGGAGGAGAGGACGCUUUAAAGGGUUGAAUGGGCGCCACUUCCAGCAGCAGGAGCCCCAGCAGGUGGGGCUUGAGGCCAGCCCCCAGCCCCCACCCCCAGAGGCUGCUGGGAAUCACGUGGAGCCUCUGCUGGCCACAGGAGCCACAGAUGCUUCGGGGGACAGUCGCAGCCAAAGCCCUUGGGCCGUAUUGACCAAUGAAGUGGAUGUGCCUGGAGCUGGUUCCCCUGGUGGCAGGAGCCCCCCAGAACCCUGGCUGUGGCCCCCAACCAUGGCCCCACCCAGCAUCCCGGGUCCCAGCAGCGUCACUGGCCUGGAACUAGAGGAAGCCAAGGGUCCCAGUGUGAGGCCUGCCAUUCCUGACCUGUCCUGGUCUCCCUCAGGGGUCUCUGCCUUCGACCCCAACCCCUCGGAGGGCCCCAGCACUGUCCCCUGGGAGGUGUCCCCCAUGGUCACUUCCCCAGACUUCCCUGUCAUGGCCAUGCUUCGUGCCCCCAAACUGUGGCUUCAUCCACACCCGACGCCCCUCCCUACGGAGGCCAACAGGGUCAAGGGGCAUAGUGAGGCCGUGGCUUCUGUCCCACCCUCCCCUGCCUCAGAGACUGAGGCUGACCUCCAGGACCCCAUCCAUCCAGAAAUGCAUUCCUUGCCCCUCUCCUCAGGCCCAGCAGGACAGGGUAGAGAGGCCACAGCCCCAACAGUCAGCGGCCACAGAGCAGAAAGCGCAAUAGCUCCGCUGCAGACAGCCACAGCCACGCAAGCCAGUCCUAGCUCUCCCAGGGCAGACUUUGGAGAUCUUGGGGGGACCAGCCCUACAGGGCCCAGCAAAGCUGAGCGUCCCAGACCCAGUCCACAAGCAUCUGUGGACAGGAAUGUGGCAGAAGAUUUCACCCCCACUGAGACUGCCACUGAGCCCACAGACGUGAGAGACAUCUCAGGUUCUGAGUUCCGGGUCUUCACCACAGCAGAAAGCCCCACUUUGGGCUCUCAGGCCACCACAGACAAGGCACAGGGCACGUGGCCCUCACUGCACAGCGAAGAGCUGGACUCCCGCCCCCCAUCUGCACCCUCGGGUGUUCCUAGAGUCUUCUUGAUUCCUGGGGCCACCCCAAGUUUGGAGCCUUGGGCCACUCUAAAUGGAGAAGCCAUGGUGGGGCCCACAGAUUCCACAGCCACCCCAGCCCCCAGCGAUGCUGGUGGGAUUUGGGAACCUGGAUCCUAUGUGGUUGAGGGAGCUGAAAGCCCCACCUUGAGCCCUCAAGUGGCCAUGGAUUCAAGCAUGGUGACGUCCCCCAUGUCCUUGGACCUGAGGGACAAGAUCGGAGUCCUGGCCAUGUCCUCAGUGGCCUCCCCAAGCUCCCAACCCCAUCCAGAGCCAGAGGGCCAUAUGGUGACCCAGGGAAUACUGGGAGCCCUGGCCACCUCACAUGACGGCCGUCCCCUGGGGGAGCCUGGUUUUCCUCCUUGGACACCGACAGCAGCCAGCAUGGACAAGCCCGUCUCAGUUUUCUCAGGAGAGCCUACAGUGCUGGGGGCCUCCCCCAGCACCCCACUGCUGGCCUCCCUGGGCCCAGAGGAGUUUGAGCUGGAGGUCCUGUCAGGGAGCCCAGGUGUGGAGGGCUUCUGGGAGGAGGCAGCGAGUGGAGAAGAGCCAACCCUGCCAGGGACCCCAGCAAAUGGAAGUACAGAGGAGGCCCCUUUGGAUCCCUGUGAGAACAACCCUUGCCUGCAUGGGGGCACCUGUAAAGCCAACGGCACCAUGUAUGGCUGCAGCUGUGACCAGGGCUUCGCCGGGGAGAACUGUGAGAUUGAUAUCGAUGACUGUGUCUCCAGCCCCUGUGAGAAUGGAGGCACCUGCAUUGACGAGGUCAACACGUUCGUCUGCCUUUGCCUCCCCAGCUACGGUGGCAGCUUCUGCGAGAAAGACACAGAGGGCUGUGACCACGGCUGGCACAAAUUCCAGGGCCACUGCUACCGCUACUUUGCCCAUCGACGGGCAUGGGAAGACGCCGAGAGGGACUGCCGCCGUCGAGCGGGCCACCUGACCAGCAUCCACUCACCCGAGGAACACAGCUUCAUUAACAGCUUUGGGCGUGAAAACACUUGGAUCGGCCUGAAUGACAGGAUCGUGGAGAGGGAUUUCCAGUGGACGGACAACACGGGGCUGCAAUAUGAGAACUGGCGGGAGAACCAGCCUGACAAUUUCUUCGCGGGUGGGGAGGACUGUGUGGUGAUGGUCGCACAUGAGAGCGGGCGCUGGAACGACGUUCCCUGUAACUACAACCUCCCGUACGUCUGUAAGAAGGGAACAGUGCUGUGUGGUCCCCCUCCAGCGGUACAGAACGCCUCACCCAUUGGUGCUCGCAAGGCCAAGUAUAAUGUCCACGCCACUGUACGAUACCAGUGUGACGAAGGAUUUACCCAGCACCACGUGGCUGUCAUCCGAUGCCGGAGCAACGGCAAGUGGGACCAGCCCCAAAUUGUCUGCACCAAACCCAGACGGUCCCAUCGGAUGCGGCGACACCAUCACCACCACCAGCACCAUCACCAGCAUCACCACCAUAAAUCACACAAGGAGCGCAGAAAACACAAGAAACACCCAGCAGAGGACUGGGAGAAAGAAGAAGGGAAUUUCUGCUGAAAAACCAGGCGAAAGGAAGCACAACCCCCUUCCCACACCUUUUCUGGAGCCUUCACCUGGGGAGACAGAGCCCAGAGGGGGAAAAAAAAAAAAAAAAAGAGGGUCUGAAAGUCCCUGAGCCCCAACCCCCCCCCCACCGCCCCCGGCAUAAUCCUUUGUAAAAAGCUCCUCUCUCCUCUUUCUUACAUACACAAGGUCCUCUUGGCAGGCAUAGCCAUGUAUCUGAAAAGUCAGUUCCAAUCGGGCUGAACGCUGGGAGCAUCUCCCAGUGAAAGGAAGCACAAUCAGCAAAGAUGGUUCUUUGCAUUGGUGAAGUCUUUUGUUGGCAAGGCUGAUUACCAGUUGUUGAAAUAAGGCUUUGAUGAAGGUGCAAGAGUGUAUGUUUGGGUUUACACUAGGGAAUUGCUUUUCACACCAGGAGUUCAGGCUUAGUAAACCGUCAGAUGGGCAGGUUUACUAAAUGCAGGCUGAAGCUUUUAGUGAAGGUCAUUGGCUUUGGGAGUAGAAAACUACACGAAGCAUGCUGCUUGGACUUGACAGCUGCUCCUCCUUCACCCUGGACUUCAGCACAAGUUCUUUCCCUGGUCUUGGUGGAUAAACGGAGUGCGGAACUCCUAUGUAUUGAAUUUUAGGAAUGUUUUUAGAAUAACCUCCUUCUAUGCCCUCAGAGUUAGGGGUCAGAAUAGAGCAAUAUAUGGGCAAUAGAGGGAAGGUGUGAUGCUUACCCUCCCAGGUCUAGUCCCGCGCUGAGAUUUGGUGGUUCUGUCCGUGUGGGGAAUCUCUCUCACACACACAGAUGAGAGGAUGUUUAGGGCUUGAUGAGCCCAGAUUUCUUCCCCCUCCAUCUCUCAGGGAGACAAAGAACCUCCUUCCUGGACCAAGGAGGUGCCAAGUUUUUUCUAGCUCAGUGCCCAUACCCGUCCCCCAAGAGACAUUGGGAGUGCCCCUGCCCUGGGUCCUGCCCCUUCUCCUGCCCCAUCCCUGUCUCCAUUCAUUGCCUGGUGGACUAGAAAUGCUUAAAACUUGAAGUAGUAACAUCUUUCUGCGGUCAUGUUGUAGAGAAAUGCACAGUGUUAAAACCGAAACACACACACACACACACACACACAUUUUUCUCUCAUUGCUUCUUAAAAAUCUUUGACGUGGGAAAGAACUAAAUCUGUUCCCCCAAAUUGGCAACCUGUAAAAGAAAUCUCCAAGCCAGAGGCCAGGAUUCUCUUGAUCUCUGGCAGGAAGAACCUACAUGUCAUCCUCCAUGUUUUGUCCACUCUGAAUUCCUCUGCUCUGGGCAAAAUCUGUGGAUCUGCGUGAAAAAUCACAGUGGGGAAUGGCUCUCUGCAGAAGAGAAAAAUAAGCAAGUAUAUGGUCCAAGGGUUCAGUAGAGAAAGAAAUGUGUUGAUUGAGCCCAUAUUCUUCCUGGAAAGGAAUAACCGUAGGUUAUAGACUAUGGAGUCUAUACUGUGCUAAGGACUCACACACUAUCUCCUUGAAUCUUCUUGACAGCCCGGUGAUCUUGGAACUCUUCGUUCCCCAUUUUACACAUGACAAAUCUGAGGCUCAGAGAAAAGAAAGGCACUGGUUUGAAUCCACAGCCAAGACAGGAGUAAGGAUUUGGUCCUUCACCUGUCUGAUUCCAAACACCACUUUUACUUUGGAGGAAGGGAUUGAAGCAUCAUUACACUCUCUCAUAUACACAAGCAGAUUUAGGAAAAGAUUGAGAAGUGCAAACUAGACCCUAAUUUUUGACCAUGAUCUUCAGUCUUCCCUGCUAUAAAUAUUAUCGAUUGCUCCACCUUAUAGUUAUAGAGAAAGCCCAGGGAUGUACAUUUGCCUUCUUGCUUUGAUCAUUUUUUUUGCUUUUAAAAAUAUAAUAACACAUCUUCAGUAAUUCAUGUCAUAAAAUAAUUUUCCUUUGGGGGUGGUGCUGAGGGCACAAUGUUUUGGGGGGCGUGGCUUAUGCUCCCUGCUCUCGGCCCCCUUAGCCCCUUGCUCGGCCUCCACCCCAGCUCCAUGGUGGGAGGGGGCUCUGGUCUUUUCUAAAGUGGGUGGUUUGUCUUUUAGUCUUUCCCUUUGGGAUGUGCGUGUGUUUGCGUGUGCCACGUGCGUGGCAUGCGUGUGAGUGUGUGAGUGUGAACAGCUUCAGGUUCUGCUGGUUUUGCUGUGAGCUGCAGUGUUCUGUGGGUCUGUGGUAUCUGACACUGUGGAUAUUAAUGUACUUCUUGGACAUUUUAAUAAAAUUUUUUAACAGCUCAA